AGUCGAGGUUUUGGAUCUCGUCUUCUCUCCUCUUCCUGUCCAAAAUCCUAGCUUUCUUCUUCCUCCGGCGGCGGCGGCGGCGGCAGACAUGGACAAGAGCAUGCUCGGGGACCUCGACGGCCUCCCGGAGGAGGACAAGAUGCGCAUGGCUGCCAUGGUCGACCAGCUCCAGAUCCGUGACAGUCUAAGAAUGUACAAUUCCCUAGUGGAGAGAUGCUUCACAGAUUGUGUUGACUCGUUCCGCAGGAAGACCCUGGACAAGCAAGAGGAGUCCUGCGUCCGCCGCUGUGCAGAAAAGUUCCUGAAGCACUCCAUGAGGGUUGGCAUGAGAUUUGCUGAGCUUAACCAGGGUGUUGCGACGCCUGACUAAUCGUGUGGGUUUUGUUGCCCCUGACAAAUUUCUAACCUUGAGGAUUUUGUCAGCAUCAAUUUGUAAUCUUGAAAAGAUUUUAGCACUUCUUGAGAUAUGACUUGUUACCUCUUGAACCAACUGUUGGGUUUCAAAUUGAAUAAAAUUACGUUGAAGCGUUGUAUCCAAGGAUGCAUCGAGUA